CGCAGAGACGCAAGAACGGCGAGCCAGAGCGACGCGAACAACGACCUGCCCUCCCCGUUCUCUGACCUCCCAGCCCUAAUCUCCGCCUUCACCGCCAAGGGUCUCACCGCCGCCGACAUGACCGUGCUCUCCGGCGGCCACACCAUCGGGCAAGCUAGGUGCGACGGGUUCCGCAACCGGAUCUACAACGAGACCAACAUCGACGCCAACUUCGCCACCACGAGGAGGGGCAGCUGCCCGGCCUCGGGAGGCGACGGAAACCUGGCCCCACUCGCCUCCUCCCCCAACCGAUUCGACAACGCUUACUUCAGCGCGCUGGUCGGCGGCAAUAGCUUCUUCCGGUCGUCUUCUCUGGGCAAGGGAUUUUGA